UUAGGUUUCAAGUUCUAUCCGUUCACCAGGGAAAAGUUGAGUAUGUCUCAUUCAUUUUGGACUUACAAUAUGCUUUGAGGUCCCUUUGUCAAGCAAAUCUCCACAGUUCAGCAAAAUUGUUAUAUGAUUCCAUGAGGUCUGAUGGGCCAUUGCCUGAUUAUUCGCUUUUGGGAUUCUUGGUUUCCUCUUUUGCACUGGCUGACAGGUUUGAUGUUUCAAAGGAAUUACUUGCUGAAGCUCUGUGCAAGAGCAAUAGACUGCAAGAAGCACAUAAUCUUUUGAGACUAUUGAAGCAGAGUGACAUUGAUCCACAAUCUUUUGUCUACAAUCCUGUCAUUGGUGGAUAUUGCAAAUCUGGGAACAUUGAUGAGACUAAUGUAAUUGUGGCAGAGAUGGAAGAGAAGUGCAAGCCUGAUAAGUUGACAUUUACCAUUCUUAUUAUUGGACAUUGUAUGAAAGGAAGAACACUUUAAGGAAUUGAUAUCUUGUACAAGAUGCUGGAAGCUGGUUGUAUGACAUUACUAGAAAGGUCAUUAUGACAUAAAAACUUUAUGGGAUUGACAUUACUAGAAUAGAUUUAGAGAAUCGUUGAUCUUCAAUUAGUAAGA